CUCAACAACGUCGACAACCGGUUCAACGGGGUGUACACGUGUUCGCCUUACACGAAGAACGGCGGUCAAGCGAACUCCGAUGCGGCCGAGGUGGUGAUCGCACAGAAGCCGUCCCGGCUGGAGUUUCUCGGCGCUGCUGCCGGCAGCUUCGAGCUGACGGCGUCGGCCGACCAGCCGACCUCGGUAACUUGCGAAGCGAGCGGCGCCCGACCGAAAGCCAAGCUCGAGUGGUACCUGGAGAACACGCAGAUCUACGAAGGCGUCGUGGUGACGGACACCAAGGACCCGGCCACGGGGCUCGUCACCACCAACUCAACUCUGACGCACCGCUUCAGAAAGGAGAACAACGGCGACCAGCUGCGCUGCGUGGCCAGCCACGCUGGCUAUGAUGAUCAGGACAGCCGCGAGCAAGCCAUUGUCGUCGACGUGCAGUAUGCUCCGUAUCGCCCUGAAGGAAACAACGUCGGCAAGAUUUACGGCUUCACGGCCGGAGAGGAGGGCCAGGUCACCUUGAGCUUCACGGCCAACCCCAUGCCAGGGCCCAUGUCCUGGAAGAUCGGCGACAACGUCUUCGUCCAGACUGGGAGUCAGUCUCUGGACGGACGGUUCACGGCCGGCUCUCUGGUGACGAUAGACGGCCAGAGGGGAAAAUACAACCUGACGCUCACCAUCGCCCCGGUGCGGAUGGAGGACCAGUCCAAGACGUUCCAACUGCGCCUGGAGAACGAGAUGGGGCCGACGGCGCUCGAGUUCACAAUCGGGACGGGGCCGGCACCACCGCCGCAAG